AGUUAAAAAACUUUAGUUUUAGAAAUACAUAUAUUGAGAUUAGUAUGUACUUUAAUAAUGAUUUGUAUGUAAAAUAAGUAUGUAUGUACCUAGAUGACGACUAUCCGCUAUCCAUAUUACGCGCAGUUCGUACUACUAAUAUUUUAUUAUCUGCAGAAUGCUGAGUUCUUAACGCUCACCUAUGGUGCGCUUGUAACUCAAAUGCUGCGUGAUUUCGAGAAUGUUGAAGAUGUAAAUAAACAACUUGAACGUAUAGGCUAUAAUAUGGGCAUGCGUCUAAUAGAAGAUUUCUUGGCACGAACAUCAGCACCUCGCUGCUUAGAAAUGCGCGAAACAGCGGAUCGCAUACAACAGGCGUUUCGCAUGUACUUAAAUGUGCAACCGACUAUUUCUAACUGGUCUGCAUCCUCGGAUGAGUUUUCGUUAGUUUUUGAAACAAAUCCUCUAACGGAAUUCGUUGAAUUGCCCCAGGAUUUGACCAACUUGCGUUACAGUUCCAUACUCAGUGGCUGCAUACGCGGUGCAUUGGAGAUGGUACAACUGGACGUGCAGUGCUGGUUUGUUCAGGAUCAACUAAAGGGUGACAAUGUGACAGAGCUUCGAAUUAAGUUUGUACGCCGCCUGGAAGAUGCUAUACCUGCUGGUGAGGACUAAAAGAAACGGUAGCGCCUAAGCUUUGAGUAUUUUUUAUAUUAAGUUAUUCAUAAAAAUUUAGUAGCAUUCCUGCCUUUCAUAUUGCUGCGCGAAAUGUUAAGAAGAUAUCAAUUGUUCGCGGUUUUUUUAAAAUAUGGACAUAUUUACAUAUUGAUAAAAUAAAUUUUUGGUGGACCAACAAGAA